AUGGGGCGCACACUGCAGUAUAAUACUAGUGACGUGUUUACAGACCAACCGUUCAAGGGCAAUCAACUGGCGAUCGUCCAUGUACCACAGGAUGUUGUUCUGACACAGUCAGAGAAACAAAGUAUCGCAAUCGAAUUCAACUUCUCCGAGACCGUCUUUCUUCACCAACCUACACCCCAAGACGCAGACGCCACGUACAAAGCCGAUAUCUUCACCCCCGAAGCAGAAAUUCCCUUUGCAGGACACCCAACCAUUGGAACCGCCUGUUACAUUUUUGAAAACCUAGAAACGACCAGAAAUAAUGCAACAAUCAAUCUGAAAGCCGGGCAAGUCAAAGCAUUAUAUGAUCGCCAUCUUGCGAGCGCUGCAGCUGAAAUCCCACAUGACUUUCGCCUACAUGCAGCACAAGUGCCUUGGAAAAGAGUUGUGGACGCUCAGCCUGGGCUCAAGUCGGCCGAGUUCGAACACAGCACGAUUCCAGUGGCCUCGAUCGUCAAAGGCGUUACCUUUGGCCUGUUGAAUCUCUCUGCACAGCCAGAAUUGCUCCGCAAUGUCCAAGUUACCAAGAAUGACAUUCCCUCGCACUCGGAUCUGGACGACGGCUGGAAAGAUGGCUUGACUGCUGAUUUGUUCUAUAUUUACAAACCCGACCAAGGAGACGGAGUCAUCCGUAUCCAACAGAGAAUGAUUGGUCUCGGAUUAGAAGACCCUGCCACCGGCUCUGCGAGCGCAGCAUUGACGGCGUAUCUUGCCUUGCAGAAAGGUGACCCGUCAACGCCUUAUAAGUUCGAACUAGAACAAGGCGUAGAGAUGGGAAGACGCAGUAUAAUUGGGUCUGAGGUGCAUCUCUCGGAGGAUGGCAAAGCCAUCAAGACCAUCAUCCUCUCUGGCCAAUCGAGACCCGUUAUGAGAGGAGAGUUGCUAUAUUAG